GGGGAUCGCAGCUUCAAACGCUCGUCUGUAAGAGCCCUUAGCAUUUUAAAAUUAGUUAGGGAAGAAUUUCAGCUGCAGUUUUGCUAGGCCUGGAUCUUUACUAGGAUUACAAGUCUGUUAUGGAAUAACGUCUGUUAUUUAACUGCCCACUAAAACAAACGUGUUAUUGUUUAUGUAUUUAAUAAUCUAGUUCACUUGAUUUAAAAAAAAAUAGCACUACAGCAUUAGUAAAGUGGCAAAGCUCCAGUUCAAAUAUCACUUUAAAAUCAUAUAGAUAUCAAUGUACUGUAAAAAUAAGUAAUGUAUCCUAACUGGCCCGCUGUUUGCAUCAUUUAUGAAGGGCAGCCACAGACUGAACUGAUACAAUUGCUGCGCUUUACAAGUGAACAAAGGGAAGUAUCAGUUACGCACCCAUAUCUUUUUUCGGUAAAGUAUACCUGGCAGAUAAACAUCACUGAAGGACAGUCACAUGAUCACCAAAUAAAAGGUCUUAAAUCACCCGUUCUGCCAGCAGAUCACUCUUAUGUGCCUGGAGAAAACAAUGGCUUACAUUGCAAAGUCUUUCUAUGACCUUUAUGCUACAAACCUAGAUGGGGAGAAAGUCGACUUCAAUGUGUUUAGAGGAAGGGUGAUUUUGAUAGAAAAUGUGGCUUCGCUUUGAGACACCACAGUCAGGGAUUAUACCCAGCUUAAUGAGCUGCAGACUAAGUAUCCGCGGCGGCUUGUGGUGCUGGGUUUCCCAUGCAAUCAGUUUGGCUAUCAGGAAAACUGUAAAAAUGAAGAGAUUCUCAAUUCCUUAAAAUAUGUCCGACCCGGAAACGGCUUUGAACCAGGAUUUACCCUUUUCCAGAAAUGUGAUGUGAAUGGAAAAGCCACUCACCCUGUAUUUGCUUAUUUAAAGGACAAACUACCAGCCCCUGACAAUGAGCCUGCAGCCCUUAUUAGUGACCCCAGAUACAUUGUAUGGAAUCCAGUACAUCGGUCUGACGUUUCCUGGAACUUUGAGAAGUUUCUUAUUGGCCCUGAAGGAGAACCAUUCAAGAGAUACAGCAAAAAUUUCCAAACCCUCAGUAUAGAACCUGACAUCCAGAGACUUCUCAAGCUCACUAAAUAACACAUCCAAUGCUUCUAGGUCAUUAGUGUGGAUAUUUAAAGGGGUUUUCACUUAGUAUGAUGUAGAAAGGGAUAUUUUGCAAUUGUUUUUAAUUUUUGUUAUUUGUGUUUUUUGAGUUAUUUCACUUUUUAUUAAGUCGUUCUCUAGUUGAGAAUUUCAGCCAUCUAGUCCAUAUUACCCUAGCAUCCAUACAUUGAUAUGAAUUGGAGACUGGAAUUUGAAUAGGAGAGGGCCUGAAUAAAAGGAUAAGUAAUACAAUGUAGCAAUAACUAUGAAUUUGUAGCCUUAUAGAGCUUUUGUUUUUUUAGAUGGGGUCAGUGACCCCUAUUUGAAAGCUGGAAAGUCAGAAGAAGAAGAAGGCAAAUCAUUCAAAAACUAUAACAAAGAAAAAAUGAAGGCCGAUUGAAAAGUUAAUUAGAAUUAGCCUUUCUAUAACAUACUAACAGUUAACUUAAAGGUCAACUGCCCGUUUAACUGAAGCCAUGAUAGUUUUGGAUAAGUGAAGUGAAAGCAGAGAGAAUAUGAUAAAUUAAAGCUAGGUUACUCAUCUACAUCUUGACAGGACCACCAAUUAUCUUGUGCUUAGAGAUGCAGUUAAUGUCACACAGAACUUACUGCAGUUAUACUGGCAAUUUCUGGGCUCAGGGGGCACUUAUUGAACUGCAGAAAAUACCCUGCCUUACACAAUACUGAGCAUUGGUUCUGCAAAAACACACACAGCGGCAGAUUUACUAAAAGGCCAACUUGCAGUACAGCAGUAAAGAGUCAUUGAAGUUUAUCAGAGCACAAGACACAUGACUUGGGGCAGCUGGGAAAUUGACAAUAUGUCUAGCCCCAUGUCAGAUUUCAAAAUUGAAUAUAAAAAAAUCUGUUUGCUCUUUUGAGAAAUGGAUUUCAGUGCAGAAUUCUGCUGGAGCAGCUCUAUUAACUGAUGUGUUUUGCAAAAAAAUCUUUUUCCCAUGACAGUAUCCCUUUAAGGCACUACAUUUCCGUGGGUUGCAGGAUGAGCAGAUUAUCAGUAUUCAGAUGUAAGCCUUGUUCUUGAUGACUGUAUUCUUUGAAAAACCUGUUAGAAGGAUACAUGAGUAUUAUUGCAGGACUGUGUCUGGACACUGCUGUAUUGUGCCCUGUAUGAACUCAAAUAAACAUCAUAUGUGCUGCAAUAGCCUUUUUUUGGAAUUAACAAAUAACUUCUGUAGAGAGGAAUAAAGUUAGCACCUUAUUAUCACAGGGCCUCAUUUUCCCAUUUAUGAAGCAUGUCACUAUUGGGAGUUAGAGGAUGAACUAAGAGAUCUAUAGGGCUGAUAUCUCCGUUCCAUGUGUUUUCUUGCCAGUGUGACAGAUGUAAUCAUUUUAGAGCAUUUAAGAUGAUUGGGGCUUUCAGUUUUCAUUUCCCUGUAACUAUGUAGUAGCUCAGGCCAAGACAUUGUAGUAACCUUCAAAGGUACAGAGCAACUGGCAAAUAUAGGAUACAUGUUUUAAUUCUUGGGUGACAUUUUAUAGGGAAGUUAUUACCUUAAAAUCAACUUUUAUUACCUUGUAAAUUAACUCAGACCGUGUAGAAAGGUGUAAGGCAGUGAUCCCCAACC